AUGUGGAAGUUCGUCUGUCUAAUGCUGCUCCUGGCCAUUGGCUGUAGCGCGGGCCCGCUUGCCCAGCAACAGAGAAAGAAUAUGCCUAUUGUGGCACGCGAGGACAGCGCACCGGCUGUGCAGGAAUCCGACAUGGAGGCGGAGGCGGAGCCGGAAAUGACGUCCAGCGGCAGUGCAGCGGAAGCAGCUCCUCUGACGGGCACAUUGACGCUGCCGAGCAAUGCCACCUCCAUACGGGCGGACAUAACGGACAACUUUUCGUGUGCCAACAAAUCCUAUGGCUAUUAUGCGGAUGUGGAGAACGACUGCCAGAUCUUCCACGUGUGUCUACCGGUGACCUACGCGGACGGCAAGGAGAACACCUUCCGCUGGAGCUUCAUUUGCCCCGAGGAGACGAUCUUCAGUCAGGAAUCAUUCACCUGCAUGCGUCGCGAGGACAUGACCAUUGAGUGCGAGGACAGCUCCAGGUACUACGAGCUGAACGGCAACUUUGGCCUGCCCGUGGAGGAGGAGAAGGAGAGCGCCAGUAAGCCAGGAGCAGCAGCGACUGCCGAGAGUGAAGAGCCUGACCAACCCGAGGAAAGCGAAGUGCCUGCUCCUGCGGAGCCCGCUGCAGCUGUCGCCACGCCUGAGCCAGCGAAGCCCGUGAAGGUGCAAAAGCCUAAGCCAAAGCCCAAUCGCCGCAAGCCCGCCCCGCAAAGAAAGGCGCCCGUUGUCGCCACAGCAGCUCCGGUUGUUGAAGCCAUCGCGGAACCAGAACCCGAAGUCGUCGCCGUGCCUGUCCAGCAGGCGUCCAAGCCUCCGAAGCCACAGCGUUUUAGCGUUCGGCCCAACAAGGAUAAGCCCAAGCCGGUUGUGCCUGCAACUGCCGCACCCGUUCGCAAUGAGCUCUUCAAUGCCAUACGAAAGCGUCCGGCUAUCUUCAACAAGAACAGCAUCUCCAGCACCGCAAAACCUGUGCAGGAGGCGGUAGAGCCAGCGGUCACUGAAGCAGUUGUCCAGGCGGAGCUCAAUGAGCCGCAGCCCACGCUCAAACUGCAGACAAUGUUUGUGGAGCCAGCUGCCCAGGCCUCCGAGCCGGUUAUGGCUAUCGCACUGCCCGAAUUAGAGGCAAAGCCAGAGCCAGAGGAGCCGGAGGCAGCGCCAGAACAAACCAAGCUAAAGGAACCGAUGGAGGAAGCUAGCCCAAUGCCCGAGCAAAUGCUUGAAAUGAAGCCCAUUGAAGCCAUUCCAGAGAUUCCAGCUGUAAUUGUCGAGAGCUUGGCAGAAAAGCCACAAGAGAUUGAGAAUAAACUUAAAAUGGAGGUCGUAACCGCAGACAGUCCCAUUGAGCCCGCGAUUAUGGAGCCCAGCGGCUCCGGUGAGGAAAGUUUGAACAAUAUUGAAGCGCUAGAGGCGGCUAAGCCAGCGGAUGCGCCCGUCAGCCUGCCAGCUACGCCAGAAAUGGCCAACCCCAGUCCCCUCGUGGAAGAGAUGCUGGGCAACAACAGCGAGGUGCAGGAAUCUCUUGGCGGCUUCAAGCCUGUCGAUCCAGUCAUGGCUGCAGAGGCGGAACAACUAAUCACUGACUUUCUGAACACGCUGCGUAACCACGAGGAGAAAACCGAGACUGAGUUGGCCAAUGCUGCCAUGGACAUGGCCGAAACUGAAACUGAAGCCGUUUCCAUUGAGGAGGCCAAGCUGCCCGAGCCCGACACAGUAGAUCCGAUUGCAUCGGUCGAGGAGCAGCUGCUGGAAACGGAGACACAACAGAAACAGAAACCGGACUCGCCCAUCAUCAACAUUAUGCAGCUAAACCAUUUGCCCGCAGACUAUCAAAUACCCGUGCAGGUGGUUGCCGCGCCAGAACCAGAACCUGAAGCAGCCGAGGAAUCGGCCAAGGAGACAGAAGUCAAAGAAGCAGCAAUCCAAGACGAUGCCCAGGAGAGUCUGGCCUCCGCUGCCUAUAUGCCCGCCAUCAGUAUUGACGAUAUUGUGGAACUUGUCAAGGAGCGUUUGGAUCAGAAUCCCAAGAACGAGCAGCUGACGCCCAUGGAGCUGGUGCUCACACCAGGUGCUGCUGCUCCCAUGACACUGAUCGAGAGCACGGCAGAGCAAAAGCCAGAGGAAGAGCAACCUGCGCCAGCUGCAGCUCUCAUUGUGGAGCCGGCGCCAGCUGCUGCAGAGGAGGAUGAACCUAUUCUGCCCAUUUACAAGCGCGUUUCCGUUGCGGAUCCGGCAAUGUCCGCGGCGCAAACCCAGCCGGUGACCGUCAGCAAAGUCGAGGCUGAGGCGACACCCCAGCAGGAGGCGAUUGAGGUGCGUGAGCCCAAGUCCCAGACAAGAAUGGAUGCACGCAAGCGUCGCUUUCUCUUUCGCGCCGAUGCCAGUUAG